GCAGUGUGAGUGAAGCAGUCGGAGUUCGAGUGGGCGAGCGUGGAACAAACAACGUGAAUGUUUUUAGGCGUGCAUGCAUCCAACGGGAAUUUUGCAAUAUUUCGCAACUCGAACGUUCCACUGCACAAGGUUGUCGGACGGCGCGGAAAAAACAUUUGUCUUCCCAUUUGGUAACUUUAGAGAAGUUGAAGUCCGGGCUGAGUGCAGACAGACGAGUCGGUGGUCGGCAACUACCUUUGCAGGGAUGUCGCAGAAAGAGAGACCCAAGUUUUAUCCACAGGAGGUCAACAAGGCGAUAUGGGAAGUCCCGGAGCGCUACCAGAACCUGUCUCCAGUCGGCUCUGGCGCCUAUGGAUCCGUUUGUUCAGCUGAUGAUAUGAAGACGGGCAUGAAAGUGGCGGUUAAGAAGCUCUCCAGGCCGUUUCAGUCCCUCAUUCAUGCCAAGCGCACUUACAGAGAGCUGCGUUUGCUGAAGCACAUGACGCAUGAAAAUGUGAUUGGCCUCUUUGAUGUUUUCAGCCCCGCUACCAGUUUGAAGGAGUUCACUGAUGUAUACCUGGUGACUCACUUAAUGGGCGCUGAUCUCAACAACAUAGUGAAAUGUCAAAAACUCACAGAUGACCACGUUCAGUUCCUCAUAUACCAGAUCCUCAGAGGGUUAAAGUACAUCCACUCAGCAGACAUCAUUCACAGAGAUCUGAAACCCAGUAACCUGGCAGUGAAUGAGGACUGCGAGCUAAAGAUUUUGGACUUUGGCUUGGCGCGACACACCAACGAUGAGAUGACCGGCUAUGUGGCCACCCGCUGGUACCGUGCUCCAGAGAUCAUGUUGAACUGGAUGCAUUAUAACAUGACAGUGGAUAUUUGGUCGGUGGGGUGUAUAAUGGCAGAACUUCUCACUGGAAGAACUUUGUUCCCUGGAACUGACCACAUAAACCAACUUCAGCAGAUAAUGCGGUUAACAGGAACGCCCCCCGCAUCGCUAAUAAACAGGAUGCCCAGCCAUGAGGCCAGGAACUACAUCAGCUCCUUGCCACACAUGCCCAAGAGGAAUUUUGCUGAUGUGUUUAUUGGAGCCAACCCGCAAGCUGUUGACCUUCUUGAGAAAAUGCUGGUUCUGGAUACCGACAAGCGUAUAACAGCCGCAGAGGCUUUGGCACACCCAUACUUCACUCAGUACCACGACCCAGAUGAUGAGCCAGAGGCUGAGCCGUACGACCAGAGCUUUGAGAGCCGUGACCUACCAAUUGAAGAGUGGAAACGAUUAACCUACGAGGAAAUGUGCAGUUUUGAGCCGCCGAUCUUUGAAGAGGACGACAUGGAGUAACUAAGUGCCUCCUUACAACAGCAUCUGACAAUGUGUACAUUUGCAUUAGCGUUAUACUCUCAGACACACAGUGCCAGCCAGCAUUUUAUUACUGUUUUAACUAUCGGUGGUAAACAUUCAACCACUAAUUAUGAUGUUGCUUCUUGACAUCAUUUAAGUUAAUUUAAUUUUCAUCUAGUCUUUGUUGGGUGAUUAAAAUUUUGACAUUACUGUGACACUUGGAUGCUGAAAAACCUGGACCUAUAGAGCUGUGCUACUUUGUUUUAAGAUUUCUGUUUGAGUAAGUGUUUGUGUUGCACAGUAAGAAGUAGAAAUGCAUAUCUGCCAUUGUCCCUACAACAACUGAAAUCGUAAUAAGCGCUUUGCAUUAGACCAUAAAUAUUUCACCAAAUUGUAGGUGCAACUGUUUCCAAAUUUGGGAGCUAUGUUGUUUUUUUUUAUUUUACAAUGUAAUGCAUAUUUCACACUAGAGGGCUUCACAUGAUAUUCCUAGUAUCUGCUAUGUAGGGAGCAUGCUCUUCAACAAGGUACCCAUUAUAGAAGGUUAUUAAGGACUGCAUAGUCAGCUCAGGAAUGUGUACAUGUGCCAAUUUUAAAGUUAUUUUUGUUUGUUAUUUUUGAUUAUCUGUCAAAAAUUGUGUGUUUAGUGGUUUGCUGAUAUUUUUAAGCAUCACGCUUCAAUAGAAAUACUGCUUAAAUGUGUAAAGAGUUAUUUCAGAUCUAUUUAUACUUUGUGGAGGGUGUAUUUAUAUAUUCCAAAUGAGAAAUCUCAUAAACUAUUUCAGUCUGACAGUGAAGCUACUCUUCAGUCUUUUGUCAUGCAAUACUGCAAUACUGUUUUUACGACUGUUCUGUUUUGUAUUUUCUCUACAGAUAUUGCUGAAUUCAAUAAAACGUUGUGAUUCUGA